UUAUAUGUCCAAUUCCAGCAAGCCUUAGAUCAUUUGUCCAAAUAUGAAAUCUAGUGAAACUUCUUUAUCUCAACAACGAUAUUCCUUCCUUUUAUGGCUUAUUCAAGUCCUGUUCGUGUGGUGUUGCAUCACUGUUGUGAUAUGGUUGAGUUUGAACCCAAAGCAUCCAGUUUUCAAGGUAGCAGAUGUAUAUGUUCAUCCGGCCGCCGACCAUGUCUGCAAUUCAACCUUAACCCAGGUUCAUGAAGUCACUCAGAACAGGACCCCGGCCAUCAUUAUCCUCAACCUCAAAAUUUCUAACCCCAACAAAAGAAUAGGUUACAUCUACGACGGUAUAUACGUAGGCUUGUAUUAUGAAGAUAGGAUGAUUAUUGGCACCAGUUCUCUUCCAGGUUUCUAUCAAGGACACAGAAAUAGUUCGAUUGGACGUGAAGUGCAGGUGAACAUUGAGGAACAAUAUUUGGGGGGAAUAUUGGGGAAGAGUUUUGAUAUGAGGGUUUACUUGAAAACUAAGUUACGGUACAAGAUAUUUGGGUUCAAGACAAAACAUCAUAUGAAAGGGUUUGAAGCAUAUGUGGGUAUUGGUUCAGAUGGAAGAAUGUUGGGCGAAGACGUAAAGAUGCACCAACGUCAAGGGUUUACUAUCCUUAAUCUGACAACAAAAUCGAAGCUAAGGUCUGGUUGAUCGAUGGUCAAUCACAUGUGUAUGUAUGCUAGAGGAAUUUUUCUGAAUUGUAAUGUAGUUUGCUGCUGGAAAAUUGAAGCCAUUUCCAAAUCCUCAAUCACAUGUGAUUGUCAAUAAGAAUAUUCCCUGCUU